UCCGUCAAAAAUGUCAACAACAUCAGCUGUCGAGACUUAUAAUUGUAAAUUGCGAUUAAUACGUGUGUAGGAAAAACACGUUUAUUAUUCAUAUUUAUUUCUGUUAAAAUGGUUAUAUUAAAUGCUUUAGAAGCAAGUAAAAUCGGUGACUUGGAAACAUUAAAACGUAUCGAACAUGACAAGCAAUCACUUGUUGAUUCGAAUGGUGCCUCUUGCUUGCACUAUGCUGCUAGAGGAGGAAGUGUUCACGUUAUUGAAUAUCUUAUUAAAAGUGCCGGAUUCUCAGUCCAACAGAGAUCAAAAAGUGGAGCUACAGCAUUGCAUGAUGCUGCUGCUAAGGGAAAUACAGCAGUUGUGAAAUGGCUUGUUGAGAAUACUGAAUUAAACGUUAAUGACCAAGAUAAUGCAGGAGCUACAGCCUUACAUCUAGCUGCAAGGUUUCGACAUAUACUUACAGUAGAGUGGCUGCUGGAUGAAGCUGAGGCUAGUGCUGCCAUUAGAACUACUACUGAUGCCCUACCCCUUCACUUUGCUGUUGUUGGAGGAGACAUGAAUUGUGUGAAAAUUUUAGUGGAUGAAAACCCAAGGCUCAUCAACAUGCAGAUGAACAAUGGAACCACACCUGUAUACCUGGCUUGUCAAGCCGGUUACCUGGAUAUACUCAAGUACCUGGUCAGCAAGAAUGGGGCCACAAAAAUCAAAGCUUACGAUGCGAUGUCAUGUCUGCAUGCAGCUGCACAGAUGGGUCAUCUUGAGGUGGUCAAAUGGUUGGUAAAAGAGGAGAAAUGCAACCCAAAUGACCGAGACUUUGAUGGAGCCACGCCCUUACAUUACGCAGCCAGCAGGGGACAUGCGCAGGUUGUACACUGGCUGCUGAAGGAGGGUGGGGCCAAAGUGACCCUGGACAAUCUGGGUGGGAGUCCAUUGCAUAAUGCAGCAGAGUUGGGUGAGGUUCAGACUGUGGUUGCUUUGCUACAAGCUGGAUGUGACGUCAGUCUGGUGGAUAAUGAGGGACUCACUGCUGCAGAACUUGCUGACAAAUGUGGGCAAACGGGAGUAGCUGCUCUUGUUAGAGGGGAGAUCACUCUCGAGCACUUCAUUCACCAACAGUCAACAAACAAGACCAAUCAUCAACUCAGGUCGCCACAUAUUCGUUUCCCACCCCCUCCCCCCUUCCCGCCAGACGACCCAGAGACUGGUGUAGCCAGCACCAGCAAAAACCUCCCUGGAACAUCCUCACCUCCCCUCCCACCCCCACCACUCCCAGUCUCCCCACCCACCUCCACCCCCUCUACCCCCUCUACCCAAGGCUCCCCCAUCUCCCCCCCUACACCUAUCAGUGAAAUUGAAGAUGAAACUAUAACAAGUCUAGAGACAAGUUUUGAGCACAGGCACUCACACAGCAGCCAUUUUGAUGCAAAGUCUCGGGAACCAAUCAAAAGAACAGUUUCAAGAAUAUCAGUUGACUCAACUGCCUCAAACUUUGGAGUAUUUGAGCAACAGGAGGGGGCUGUUAUACAAACAGUGAAAGCUGAUGUUCACCCUCGGCCUGUCAGUUACAGCAGUGGUCCAGGGGACAGCACCCAUAAGCCCACACAGGGUAGAGUUUUAUCAGCAGGCAUUAGCAGCACCUCUUUGACUAGUCAUCCAGGGGGUUCUCUGGGCUACCAGAAACCAGGGGUGGUCAACAUCUACAGCAAGAAGCCCAAAACUACAGCAGUAGAGCCUCAAAGGUUGUCCUCACAGUCUUCUGGCUCCCCACUGUCUGUCAGUACAGCGUCACUACACAGUGACAUCUCAACCGCCAGCUCUGAUGUCGUGACUGUCAGACCAACACAGCUAAACAUCUCCCACGACGUCAAGCCUUCAAGCAGCACCACAGAGAAAAAAGUGAGAAAGCCUUACUACAGCACCCAGCACAAAGAAGAUUUCAACACCCUGACCAAAACAUCUUUUGCCAAAGCCAAAGCUUUGUUCCAGGACACGCCAGAGUACAAGUCCCAGGACACGCCAGAGUACAAGUCCCAGGACACGCCAGAGUACAAGUCUCAGGACACGCCAGAGUACAAGUCCCACAUUUGUCCUGACAGUGGGGAGCUCUGCUACCCUGACCCACACAGCCUCGCAGCUCAGCAGCACAAGAGGCUGUCAUCCAGGAUGGAGCCUGAGACAACUGCCCCACCCCCUCCUCCCCCACCCCCACCACUUCCUGAAAACAACCAUCUGACCAACGGAGCUCAAAAACCUGAGGAUGUCAUCAAAUCUGUCGUCAACAUCCAUGGAGGUCAUGUGACCAUCAUCUCCACGGGAACCAAACCCAACGGCACUAACACGGGGGAGGCUGUCAACAACACCAGGCCUGUGUCUGGGGUCAAGGCCAGCGCCACACCCCUGGUCAAGGCCAGCGCCACACCCCUGGUCCUGCCUGCCAAAUCCUCCGACCCAGUCUCAGCCCUGAUGAAAGAGCUCUCUGUCAGGAACAAAACUUUGACCAAUGGGGACUCACCUGAUGGUCAGCUGGUCAAUGGCCACUCCAGCCAAUCAGGCCAGGUCUCAGCCUCUAUGGUGAGACCAGCAUCAGUACAUGCGGGACUUGGGAUCUCUGCCAACAGAAAUGGUGACAUACAAUCUUCCAAAGUUUACUCUCGAAGUUCCAGUAGUUCAUCAGUGGGGUCAUCAGUGGGGUCAUCAGUGGGGUCAGGGUCACAGCCUCGCACACCUGAAGAAAGUAAACAUAACCUCAUUGCUGAUAUACAGUCAGCUGUCAGUGGCUCAUCCAAUCUCUCUCUAAGGAGGGCAAAGGUUAGAGGUGAAGGGGUUAGCAUGGUGUACCAGUCAAAGAAAGGUGGAGGAGGACCAGGGGAGGCUAAGAAUGACCACAGGCCACUUACUGGUGACUUUGACCCCAAAAACUUUCUGGAUAAAGUUGAGAAGGUGGACGCUACAGGCCUGGUCAUCCCAGAGUGGAGGCGCCAGGUGUUGGCCAAACAUGCUGCGGAGAAGGCGCAGAAAGAGUUUGAAGAAAGGAAAACUGUUGAAGAUUAUGAGGAGAGAUUCAGGAAUGUACCAGCAUGGAAAAGAGCACUUAUUGAACGGAAAGAAGCUCAGGCAAAAGAAGAAGCAGCAGCAAGCAAGAAAUGAAAAGCUGUGUCAAAGACCAGGAUUUAGUGUUGAUUUAGUCCUGGGUUCACUUUGUAGUUUUGUACAGGUCAUGUACACACCUGUUGACCUGUGUACCUGGCAGGUCGACCUAUUCUGUGAUGUAGCUCUAGGUCUGGUCAAAGAUGUGUCCCUGAGUUCGUUGACCUGUUGUUGAUGUCUUGUGGUAGCGCUUGUAAUAAAAUAUCUGUAGAGCCCCACAGCAUAAUAUGAAACCAAAUAGACAAAUGGUAAUGUGCUAUUUAUAGAUUUAUGUUGAUGGUAUCUUUUGUUAUAGUUAUUUUUUUUUAAAUAUAUAGCUCAGGUAAUUAUUACUUUGCCCAACCACUAAAAUAAUAAAUUAUUAUAGAAACUGAUGUUUAAUAUGAAAACUUUUGUCAAGAUUUGACAAAACAAAACUGUUCAGGAAAUCAAUGUUUUAUUCACUGUUAC